AUGAAAGGCAGCGAAGUUUUAAGCAAAGAAUCUCAAGAGAGUGCUGGGGUUGCUGGCAAGGCUUCUGAGGCAAAGGUUCCAGCGCCUUCUGUGGCUGGGCCAGCGAGUGCUGCAUCUUCGAGCAGUGGCUCAGGGAAUGCGGCCGAGCAGGGUGCAGCCCCAGAACCCAAAAAUUCACCGGAAGAAGUUCCUUCGAAAGAAUCUGCACCAGAGGAUCGAGGUGAUUUGGUCAGUGCCUUUCUGCCAGAUGAGAGCGCUACUACUGCUUCCCAAGCAAAGCCUACCUUUAAGGAGGUGUACUUGGGUUGUGACUUUGUCAUGCCCGGGAUUGCCCUGAAGAAAUUUGCCAUGAUUUUAGCAGAUCACGCAGCCGCAGCAUCAUCAUACAUGGCAAUUCUUGGUGGGAACACAGUGACCAUGUACAAGAAAGAACGGUCAUGCGCCAAGAGCAUGGUCAUGGGUGAUGCCAUUGGAGACACUGGUUUCUUCUGGCAAUGUGCGAGAAAGCAAUUACGUAGCAACGGCUGCGCUGCCAUUUGUAUCUUUGAUACGUUCAGCGGUGAGGUAACGAAGGUGCUGGACCAAAUCCCAGUGACCAUCAAGCUCCGCCACAGAGUCAGAGUUUUUGUCGUUCCGACCAAGCUGCCUCUAGGUAGUGAUGAAAAAGACUAUUCCAAUGUCCAGGUCAAGGUACUUGACAUCAGCACUGAAGAAACAACGCAAGCAGAACCGCAUGAAGUAGCAUUCUUUAGCACCGGCAGGCUUGGGGCGUUGAAUGGUGGUUUGCUACACAUUGUAGACUCAAGGCAAAUCAUGACAGCGGAAGACAUUUCUGCAGCGCAAGCCAAUCUUUUCAGGAAGGCAGUUGCAACACGAGAAGCACAAGCACAGCAGCAGCAGCAGAAGAUCGACCUCAAAAGAAAGAGAAGCCAAGAGAAGACGGAUUGGUACUCUGAAAGGGUGCAGACUUUGCAAGAGAAAGUUGCUAACAUAGCAAUUGAAGCCACCGCAUGGAAAACCAUUUGGACUCAUUUUUCCAAAGGUGAGGAUCGGGUGCAAAAGAAAGAAGGUCAAGGUUGGGAUGCUUAUCUCCUAGAACUUACUGGAAAUGACAAAACGGUCGAGGACACAUGCCCUGCCAGCUUGGAAUCUGCAGCGCUGCCCUUCGAAGACGCGCUCAUGGUUGUAGCUGGUCUGGUGUCCCAGAUCAACGGGCGCAAAAAGGACUUGGAAGGCUCACUGGAAAGGGCAAAGACUAUCCAGGCAAAGCUCAUCGCACAUGGAGAGUAUUCACAAAAGAAAGCGGAAGAAAAAAUAGCGAAAUUGCUAGACCCUGAUACCAAAGACAAAGACUUGAAGAGACGCCGCCAGGCAUAUCAUGCAAAGAACCAGCUUGCCGCCUCGAAGAAGACCGGGAAAUGUGCGGCGAGGAAGAAGAGGCCGACAAAGGACGAUGGCAAGUUCGAUGUUCCCUUGGGAGAAGCCCGUAGGACCAUUACCAUCGGUGACAAACUCAAAGUGGUUCGAUACUACUUGCAGCUCAGAAAGAAGAAGUCAGAUGCACAUGGUGAAAUUGUCGUUGAACCGGUUGAAAAGAUUAUUGGUCGUGGCUCAAUCAGACCCAGGAGAGUGGAUCAAAAGAAGGAAGCCAAAAAAGAAUCAUCCAAAUCCGAAUUGAAAAAAAUCAAUUUGGAAAAGAAGUGUCGAGAAAAGUUUCCCGAUCUGGUGAGGAAGGCCAUUGUGUUGAAGUGGGUCAAAGCAGCACAAAGGGAGAGAUGGGAAGAUCUGCCACCGCAGGUUCAGAACAGGAUAGUGGCCACGCCCAACAGCUGGAGAAGCAAGCUGGGGCUAGACAAGAAAGGGCGGGUUACAGGAGGAUACGUUCCACACCUUUUGCAGGAGGAGCUGGACAAGUUAAUCAUGGACAUGGUUUCUGGAACUUCUGAUAUAUCCGAACGGAAGGAGGUGGUCACAGCUGAAGAUGUGGAUCAGACAGUUUCAAGCUUGAUCACCGAUUGGAAUGCAUCACUCGAACAGAACAAGAUCAUCAUCGAAGAAGCCAACCAGCAACUCAAAGCAAAACUUGAUGCCAAGGAGAUUGACCCGAAGCAGUUUCUGAUUGGAUGGCAGCCUGUGCCGCAAUUUUUGAGAUCGCCAGGGUUGCAGUGGAGCAAAUGGUUUUUACGCAGUUGGGGCUGGAGCCUCUUAUCUCGCCAAAGUGAUGCACAAGCAUCACUUCCAUACGACCACUAUGACAUGGUCCAGGCGAGGGCCAAGGUCGCCAAAAUGACUGCUGAGGACAACAUCCACCCGGGGCUCAUCAUUAAUUUUGACCAGCUCUGGCGAGCGUCGUGGCAGUUCGGCGGAAAGCUCCUCUACAAAGCCAGAGAACAUGCAGGUAUUGACGAGCUCAUGGUCAGACGGGUCUGUGGACCGAUUGCAUUCACGGUGCCCGAGGGCGCCAUGAAACCGGAUGAAAUCGUAUCCUUCAAUUCGGAACACAGUGGUGAGGCCAUGGUUCUGACAUCUGGCUCCAACACCCAUUUCAUGUGUUCUGACACAUUGUUGCAAGUGUACGAGCAGCUCCUGUCUCCAGCACUUGAGCAACAACGUGGCAGGCACAAGGUUGGUUCAGACACCAAAGCCGGUAUCAUUUGUGAUGCCUGGAGUGGCACCUAUGCGACUGGAAAGGGCGAGGGUUUCAGACGAAGCGCCUUCUAUGAACUCCACAACAUCCAGCCUCCUGAAAAAUUUUCAGGAGGCUGGUCAGCACACGGCCAGCCAGUCGACCAAUUACACUCCCAGUUCAGAAAGAAGAUUCGCUCGGAAGAUAUUUCAAGCUUAGGCAUGCAUUCAAACCUCCGGACUCGCAGCAGCUGCUUGGCUAUGGUAACCUUCAGCUUUACACUUGGAAACCCUUACUAA